AUGCGGGCAGUCAUUCUCUGGACUUGUGGGCUUGCAUAUGCGGCUCUUGCUGCAGGAGCUACGACCAGUACACCAGGGAAUUGCACUGCCAACAAACGCAAGGCUUGGCACAAGAUGAGCGACGCAGAGAAAACCGCGUUUAUCGAUGCCGAGCUCUGCCUGAUGGAUUCGCCUCCCAAGAUGGGACUCGAGGGGCCAAACAGCCGCUGGGACGAGCUGGUUUAUGCCCACCUGGUGCAGUCCAACUUCAUUCACUCUGUGGGAGCCUUUCUCCCAUGGCAUCGUUACUUUGUGCACGCUCACGAGUACAUCCUGCAGACCGAAUGCAACUACACUGGUGGUCAUCCGUACUGGCACGAGUCGCUCGACGUUGGGGCACUGAAUGAAUCAUCGGUCUUUGACCCUGCCACUGGCUUUGGUGGGGAGGGAGGCCAUUGUGUCGACGAUGGGCCGUUCCAGCACCUUGUCCUGCACCUCAACCAGACCAGCCUCCAUGACAACGCCUGCCUGCACCGUUCGUUUGUGCCGGAAACCUUUGCGCUCGCAAAGCAAGAGAACGUCGACGCAUGUAUGGCCGCAGCAACGUACGAGGAAGCCUGGAACUGCCUCAUCGAGAAUCCUCAUGUCGCGGGCCAUCUCGGCGUCGGAGGCACCAUUGCCGACAUUGUCGCGAGCCCUGGCGACCCGCUGUUCUACCUACAUCACGCCAAUCUCGACCGACUCUGGUGGGAAUGGCAGGCAGCCAACCUCACUUCGCGUCUGUACCAGAUCAGCGGCACCAAUGUCCCACCCCAGUCGUAUCUUGACGAGGAGAACUUUGAAUAUCCCUCCGCCGCUCUGCGGGACUACGACGGCGACCCUGGCAAUGUGACAACGCUGAACCAUACCCUGUGGAUGGUCGGUCUAGUCCCAAACGCGACUGUUGGCGAUGUCAUGGAUCUGCAUGGUAGGGUUAAUUGUGCUGAGUACGUUUAUUGA